AUGGAAAUGAAACUGUGGGAGGAUUUGGUGGUGAAUCAGUGGAUGGUUGAUGUGAGAUCUGAGUUAAAGAAAGCUAUAGAAACCACUCCCAAACAAAGACCAUGCCCCCAAAGGAGUCCGGGUAGUCCCGCCGAGCGCCAUUUGUUUUCCCUCGAUCAAGGAGGGAGAGAGAGAGAGAGGGAGAGUGCGGCCGAAGCUGCUCGGGCUAUUCCCGCACAACCGCUGCGAACUUCUGCGCCUUCGCAGCCUCGUCCUGCGCAAGGAGCGACCAGGACAGAACAGGUCGCUCCGGCACCUGCUCGCCCCAGACGGAAGGCUCCGACCCAAAGGUCCAAGAAGAGGAAACAGGUCCAGGUCGAAGAGUCUGAGACCGAAUCCGAGGAGGAGCCUCUGAGGACGCGCCAAGAAUCCAGGAGGUCGGGAAAAGAACCCGCGAACGAGGCGGUGACUGGCAACAAGGCGAAGGACGCGCCUGUUUUGGACUCGUUGGGGAGUCUGCCCGAGUACCUGCAGCCAAUUGUUUAUGGCCUGCUCGAGUGCGAGCUAUCGGAGUCGUACGGCGAAUUUGCAGACACGGGCGACGACCUGAUGGCCACCUCGUUCCAGCAUCUGAGCAAGGGGUUGCUUGCGAUGAGGAUGUCCAUGGAGAAGACGCGGCUGGGGGCCGCAAAGGGAACGAGCGACCUGGAGGCGGAGGUCGCGAAGCUGAAGCAGAACUUGGAGUCCGUUGAGGCGGAAAGAACCCAAGCGUUCGAAGCAGCGAAUAGGUAUCUGAACCAAAAGGACGCUGCUCAGCGAACAGUGGACUUCCAGAGGGCGGAGCUCGAUCGGCGUGCGGAAGAAGUCAGAGAACUUCAGAGGACAACCGUCAGGCUCUCUAGGGAGGUCGGAGAAAAGGACCAGGAGCUUCAGGCGACCUUCGCACGGGCUCAGCGAGCUGAAGAGAAUAGGCAGGUCUCCGAGCAGGAAAGGCUAGCUCUUGAGGCCGAGCUCCAGGAGAGUCGGGCGAGAGUCGCUUCUCUAACUGAUGAAAUGCAGAAUCAGUCGGAGGAGUUGGAAGAAAAGGCCGCGGACUGGGCGAUAGGGUGUAUCUACACCCUGCGAGCAAGGAACCCGGAUUUGGACAUGUCCGCCCUCCCGGAGGGUUGGCAGGCGACCUUGCGGAUAAUGGCCGAAGAGGACGACCAGGCUGCCGCGGCCGCCCAGGGACCCGACCAGGCGGGUGGCUCUGGCUCGAAGGAUCUCCCCGACCAGCCUUAGGCGUAAUGAACUGUCUUUGUUGUAAUCGGG